AUAUUACGAGACAAAGGUAGUAAAAUCAAUUUUUCCGAUAUUCAAUCUUUCCUCUUCCACCUACUGUCCGACACCAUUUGUAGAGGAGGUUUAACGUUUUUAGGGUUUAUCUGGUAAAUCAGUACAAUCAAGACGAAAAAAGAUGCAGAGAAAAUGUACGUUGCCAUUGAUGCGCUCACUUCGAAGCUUCAGUAGUAGUAGCAGCAGCAGUGAUAAGAUAGUCGCUUCAGUACUCUUUGAGAGGCUUCCUGUUGUCAUCCCCAAAAUCGACCCUCUCGUUUACGCUUUUCAGGAAUUCUCAUUUCGAUGGAAGCAGCAAUAUCAACGUAUAUAUCCUGAUGAGUUCUAUAAGAAAUACGAAUCCCGGGGGAAGGGUGACUAUCAAAUUGAUUAUAAACCAGCUUCGCGGAUCACUGAAGCUGACAAAACAAAUGACAAAAGGUCAUUGCAAAGAGCACUUGAUCGGAGGCUAUUUCUUCUCCUUCAUGGAACUUCUUAUGGCUCUCCUGACGGGAAGGCUGUAUGGCAUUUUCCAGAAAAGGUUUACGAGGAUGAAGAGACGCUGCGAAAGUGUGCGGAGUCUGCUCUACAAUCUGUUCUGGGUGACCUUUCACACACAUAUUUCGUCGGAAAUGCACCCAUGGGCCAUAUGGCUGUACAGACAGCUGAAAAAGCAGAUCCAUUAAAGAGAUUCUUCUUUAAAUCACAAGUAAUUGCAACGAACAAGUUUAACAUUGGUGGAUGUGAUGAUUAUGUUUGGGUGACGAAAGAUGAACUACUGGAAUACUUCCCUGACCAAGCUGAGUACUUGAAGCAGAUGAUUAUUAGUUGAAUGGUGAUUACUGAAGAUUGAGUCAAUUUUGUAGACUCCCUUAGCCUUCAACUACUGGAGUGUGUGUAUUGUGAUUACUUUAGUCUGAAAUUCCGGCUAACUUUUGAGGCAACAGCGAAUUAAGCUGUUCCAAAUUUUGAAGUGCAAUCAGCUUUCAGACUUGCCUUAAUCGUUUGAGAAUAAAAUUAUUAUACCCUGUGUUAGUUGUCUGGGUUUUUGCAUCUUGUAACCAAUGUAACAAUGACAGACACGGUCUGAUUGUUCAAAUCUGAAUUACUUGAGCAUUUUAUUAGGGGUGAAGCUUUCACAAUUCACACUACCAUUUGAAAAGGUGAUGUAAGGUUUACUGAUCUGAAUAUAUGGGGUUUACUAGUAUAUUGUUGAGGGGUGACUUUUUGCAA